AUGGAGACAAUUAUUGACCCUUUCAGCCAGAUUUUAUGGCAGGCUCCCUCAACGCUACCGGCAAGCAGUGUACAGCUCCAAUCUGUCGAGCAACAAAUCAAGGAACAGCUCACUCGAAAUGAAAACAGAUUCCCAACUUUCCUGGCCCAUGUCUCAUCCCUGGAAAAAAAGGGACGCAACACAGAAACUGUUUUUAUCGAUCAGUACAUCAAAGGCUUCACCGAGCGCUCAUUCAUCGACCGCGGGGCAACAUUCUCAGUAGAACGGGCCAAAGCGAUCCCAAACCCUCAAGCGAUCAGCUCUGCACCUGCAAUUAUCCGCCAAAACCGAGUCGUGGCCUUGAAAACUGUUCGAAUCCAGUCUCAAUCUGAUGAUCUACCAAAGCAGGCUGGGAUCAUGUACUGCUCGAAAUUCGCGCUCUUCUUCACGAGACCCUUCGGUACCACCCUAACAUCGUUCGUCUCGUCGCAUGCAGAGCACGGAACCUUAGAGGAUCUGCAGAGUAAUUCAAAAUCUCCACUUUCGUUCGCUGUCAAGCAAAAGCUGCUAUACGAUGCGGGGAAAGGUCUCUCGAUUAUUCACGCCUGCAGCAUUAUCCACAGCGACAUCAAGCGUCAGAACGUACUGAUAUUCGCAGAUAAAUCCAGCAAUGGGGCUUAUAUAGCUAAAUUGGCUGAUUUUGGAGGCGCUGUCUAUGGUUCUGAGAAGCAUGACUCUUAUCGCUUCAUCUGCAAGACACCGAGAUACGCGGCACCGGAAACCGACGGCAUAGUCACGGCAGAGGCCGCAAAGCUAUGCGACGUCUACUCUUUUGGUUUACUUGUCUGCGAAAUAUUUGCAGAUGGCGAUUUGGCGAACCUCCAUUAUGAGUUUAGUCCUCGACGAGAACCUUCGGGUUCGGUAACGCUAGCUCAAUUAAAGCGGUCGGGACGACUUCUACACAGAGCGACAUCAAUGAUCCAAGACUACUUUGAUAUGCGUGAGAUCAACCAGGAUUGUACGGAGAUGGUUCUAUAUGUCCUUGAACAGACGAUCCAAAAGAAUCUGGCAGAUAGGUCUUUGGCCAAGGCACAGGCUGCUCUGAGAGGUAUCCCUCUUUCGGCAAUUGAUGACUACUUGAACAACGUCGACCAAAUGAAUCGCAAGUGGAAGGAAGUUGAAGACAAUGAACUUCCGGGAAAGCAUGGAAUAAGUGCAGAUGGCGCUGGCCUAUUUUUAGGCACUGUUGGAGCUACUUAUGAUCCUCAGAACAACACCCCCGGCUUUCGGCCCAUCGUCAAAGCUCCAGUAAACCCAGGCUUCGUCUUUGAGCCUGAGAAGCUGAAGAACAUCCUGUCAUGGCAACAGCAGGAACAUAUCAUCGAAGCACUUCAAGCCAUCUCGGACUCUGGUGACCAAAGUCGUGAUGUGGAGCUCCAUAAACUCUUUGCAGCCUGGUUUCUCUUUCGAUGCCACAUCGCCGAGUUCGGCACUUCCCUCGACCCCGAGAAAGCUUGUGCUGCACUUCGAAGAGCGGCAAGUGACGCAGUGACCGGAUCUGAUGAUUCAAGCGGGUUCGAGUAUCUCGCAGCGUCGUGCGUAUGGCGCGUGAGCCAAGCCCUGGGGCAAACACCACCUGAGCUGUUAGCCGUCUUCCCGUCUAGUCUGCAGUGGGCUACUCUUCGUGGAGGAUGGCAGGUCGGCCAAGAUCUCGAGGAUGCUUUGCCGCUGCUGAGUGAUGAGCAGAGACAGAAGGCAACUGAAACAUACCAGAACGCAAGGAGGCUUGCGAAUUACUUCAGUGGUGUUCCUGGUUCACUUGCAUUCUUGCCUCGACACUUGAGGAAAGAAUUUUCGGUCGAUAAUGUGGAACAACUUCAGCGAGAACUGAAAGAGGAGCUUGGAGGAGCGUAUGAGCAGUCACUGAGGAGCUCACCUGUAAUGAGUGAGAAUGUUCAGCAAGUGACUCAUUUCGACAGAAUCUUUGUCAACAGCCGUGGACACGGAAUUCUGCACAUGGCAGCAGCCCGCGGACAAGCCAAGACAAUCGACCAUCUUAUCAACACGUUCAAGCUAAACAUCGACCUCCCGAAUCAAGAUUGUGAAGAAACGCCGUUAGUCUGUGCUUGUCGGAAUGCUCACCUGGACGCUUCUCUAGCGCUCCUUCGCCACGGCGCGGAUCCAAAAGGUCAUCCUCUGGGACAAGACACCCCUAUCUACUGGCUCUGGAGAUUUGAGAAAGACGAGAUGAUGCCAAUGGCGAGAGGCCUGCUGAACGCGGGAGGCCUGAUCGAUGCUGCGUCGGGUGGUAUGAGAGCCGAGGUCCUCAAAGCGCAUGCCGACUGGGAGGGAACUAUGUCUAUCCAAACGACGCCUCUCGAGCGAUGUGUUCUCUUCCAGAAUAUUCAUGCUGCGCAAGUCCUCAUCGCACUUGGAGCUGACCCCAUGGUUCAAGUUGACGGAAAGUCACCCAUCCAGCUUGCCGCCAUGCUGGCAUUACCAAAUUUCCUUCGACUAUUCUUAUAUCAAGAUCAUGAUGAAUCCAGAAUUUCAGGAUUGUUUAAUGGUUUUGACGAUCUCACUCUUUUGAAGGCGACUCAGGAGAAAAAGGCGGGCAAUCGAGAUACGUUUUCCUUGCUCAGCCGUCUCAUCAGAAACGGCCCGAGAUAUCGUUCCGAUGUCGAAGAAACGCUUGCUAUUUUUAAGGAGCAGAGAGAAUUACUGAGUACAACUUCCUCCACCAGAGAACAGUCGGGAGAAGCCUUGUGCAUGCAGAUUCGACUUGGGAAUCGUGAUAUCGUGGAAGCAUUACUAAAAAUGGGCCAUAAUCCCUCUGGCUCGCCUGACAAUCGACCCAUGCGCGAAGGGAUAUUGCUCAAUGACGAGAGGGUGUUUCGACUGUUGAGAGACUACGGCUGUGAGAUCGAAAGUUAUUCCGAGUGUCCACGGACUCUACUCCAUGACCUGGCUGCGAGACCGGCUUCUUCCCCCCCUGGGAUAGUCAUAGCGGAAGAGCUCAUAGCGUCCGGGGUUUCCGUUACGGAUCAUCCAGCAGGGACUAGACCGCCUGUUGUUGAAGCUAUCUUACAUGGAUACCUUGACCUAGCAAAUCUUCUGAUUCAGCAUGGAGCGCAAAUUGGCAGCCCUUAUCAAUUAGGGCCCGACCCUCCAAGGAUCUCCAUCUUCAAGGAGCUCCUUGAGCAAAGAACGGAGACAUCGCUGUCCAUUCUACGAUAUCUCCUAAAACCAAAUCAUAUAUCAUCUGAUUCAAGGGCUUUGCUACAUCACAAUGAGCAGUUUGACUUUAUUGUCGAUCACAUCGGUGACCCUGCCGAACAACAAAGCGCAUGGACUAUCCUGGCUUCUUCACCACCGGCCCGCAAGAACGUAGUUGAAGCAGAGAUCUACACGGCGCAAGUCCAAUGCAUGCUGUCCGAGAACUCACCCUUUGCAGCCAGAGAGUGCAUAAACUUUGAUCAUCCAAAAAUGGGCACCGCCUUGUGCCGAGCCGCUUUGUUCCAAAAUCAUUUCCUUGUCGGAAAGUUACUCCGUAGCGGCGCUGAUCCCAAUAUCAGAUUCCGUCAAGACUUUGGACCAGCACAGCGAUACUUUGGCGGUGGAACACCAAUUAAUCUCGCGCUGGGCUGCUAUGAAGUAGCUAUCGAAGGCUGGAGCGAGACAGUUCCAGAUACUAUGCUGGAGGACAUGCGAAGUGUGAUAAAUGAAUUGGAGUCUAUUCCGGACUAUCCGGAGGAAGCGCUUACUCGGGGAGAGACACUCAAGAAGCGGCAUGAAGACACAUUACAGAUGCGAGAUGACGGAUGGGCAAUGCAAUCGCAGAUGGCUAAUAUGAGCCUUGAGCAAAGGCCAAUUGACCUAUCAAACAUGAGCGCGGUACAGGCGCCAGACCUGGAGGAGAGCCAGCGCGAGAUGUUCCAGGCUACAGAGACGAUUAUUCGGUGGAUGUUUGACUCACAGCGGUACGGGACAAUUGGACGAGCAGAAAUGGCCAGGAUAGCAGAAGGCGAGAAUGCAUAG